GCAUACACAGUAUCAUCACCCGCUCAGACCCGACGCCAGGACCAGGACCGUUUGGACUGCGCAAGAGGCCGGAAGGGGCGAGGACUGCAACAUCUGGAGAUCAACCUUGGGCGAGGGAGAGGCAGAGAGAGCUAUCAGAAGCUCUUGAUGGCAUAGCAGAUGGGGACACUGCACGCAGAGAGAAAGCGGGGCAACAGGGCGAGGUCACAGACGGGCUAGAGGAGCAGCAGCAAGAGCCAGAGCAGGAGAACGAGCUCUUCUUCCCUGCUCCUGAAUCCCGUCUCGUGGUGAUCACGAUCAUCCUAGAAGCGCCAGUGGACUCGACGGACGAACUUACCAUAUUUGUCCUCCUGCCCACUCUGCUUUCCGCAAUCCACUCACCCGAGUCAUGGACCUCGCACUCCAGCACUGAUCCUACAGCUCCUCGUCCGGCUCUCGACUCCUCCGACGUAUUGAUGAUCCCUUGGGCUUCAUGGUGGGAUCGCACGCGGGUGCUUGACCACACCCACAACCCACGAGGCUACGUGGUCUACACUCAUGGAUAUCGAUACGUCACCUCACGCGAAUUUCUACCUCACCCACCGCCCGCAGGAACACUCAUCACCGCGGACCUGGUAUGGACGAGGGUAACGGUAAUGGACUUCAAUCCGCGCAUGACAAAAUGGAUCAUGGCGGAGAGGGAAAAGAGGCGAGAAAGGGCACGAAGUGAACAGGCUGCGAGGGCAAGAGCGGAGGCAAGCGGUGCGAACGGAGAGAGUGUUGCGGAGCGGGGCGUAACGGGGUUGAACGCGGAGACUGCAGAGUCUGGAUCUCACUCGCAGCUGGAUGGAGGUGGAAUGGAGAUGGAUGAAGUGCUCAGCGAAUGGGGCCAGCUUCAUGAGGACGAGGACGAGGACGGAAACGAUGACGAUGACGAUGACGAAGACGACGACGAUAUGGAGGAUGUGGAUGAAGAAGAGAAAGAAGAGGACGACUUGUUGUCAGACGAGGACGAGGACGAGGACGACGAUCAUCAAGCGGUGGUACCUGGAGACGCGGCGGGUCCGGGCUCUGCCGGUCCUGGGCCCGACGAACUACAGAUCAUCUCCGAGUCUCUUUCACCUACCUCUGCAUCGGCGACUCCCCGCCUGCCCGCCUUUGAGCAUCUGGUCACACGCCCGUACCCCAUCCUCCCUCAAAAUGUUUUCGUUGAACGUGUCUGUUCAGGUCUGCCGAUGAUCAUGCGGCAUCUCGAGGUCCCGGGAAUGUUCCAGGGCUUGUUUAUAGAUGGGGAGAGGGUGUUGGCCCUCGUGGAGAGGGAAGGAAGAGAGGUGCUCAAAGUGAACGUCUUUUAGAUGACAGAAGCAAGAUCGAGGGCGAUGCUCUAGGUUAGACAUGCACGUAACUUUAUCAAUU